AAUAAUCCACGUGGUACAUCAACCAAUAAAAACGUUCCACGUGGUACAACCAGCGAGAUACCAAGAACUUCGAGACCUUCUUCUCCAGAUAGAGGCUUUCCGGUAAACGGCAAAUACCCUUUUCCUUCACUUUCUUCGUCUUCUCGAAUCUGAGAGAACGAGAGAUCAACAACAAUGGCGCUCAAAUCAAAACUCGUCUCUCUUCUCUUCCUCAUAGCAACACUAUCAUCCACAUUCGCAGCUUCGUUUUCCGAUUCGGAUUCCGAUUCAGAUCUUCUCAACGAACUUGUAUCUCUCAGAUCAACAAGCGAAUCAGGCGUAAUCCAUCUCGAUGACCAUGGAAUCUCAAAAUUCCUAACCUCCGCUUCCACGCCUCGUCCUUACUCGUUACUCGUCUUCUUCGACGCUACUCAACUCCACAGCAAAAACGAGCUUCGUCUUCAAGAGCUCCGUCGCGAAUUCGGCAUCGUCUCCGCUUCAUUCCUCGCUAACAACAAUGGAUCUGAAGGAACUAAGCUUUUCUUCUGUGAGAUCGAGUUUUCGAAGUCUCAAUCUUCGUUCCAGCUCUUUGGCGUUAACGCUUUACCUCACAUUCGUCUUGUAAGUCCUUCGAUAUCGAAUCUACGUGAUGAAUCUGGUCAAAUGGAUCAAUCGGAUUACUCUAGAUUAGCUGAAUCAAUGGCUGAGUUUGUUGAGCAACGAACUAAACUCAAGGUCGGUCCUAUUCAACGUCCACCGCUACUUUCGAAACCACAGAUCGGUAUUAUCGUUGCGUUGAUCGUUAUCGCUACUCCGUUUAUCAUCAAAAGAGUUUUGAAAGGAGAAACUAUUCUUCAUGAUACUAGACUUUGGUUAUCUGGUGCUAUCUUCAUUUACUUCUUUAGUGUUGCUGGUACAAUGCACAACAUUAUCAGGAAAAUGCCGAUGUUUCUUCAAGAUCGUAACGAUCCGAAUAAGCUUGUGUUUUUCUACCAAGGAUCUGGAAUGCAGCUUGGAGCUGAAGGAUUUGCUGUUGGAUUCUUGUAUACUGUUGUUGGAUUGCUUUUGGCGUUUGUUACCAAUGUGCUUGUUCGAGUGAAGAAUAUUACUGCACAAAGGUUGAUUAUGCUUUUGGCUUUGUUCAUAUCGUUCUGGGCUGUGAAGAAAGUUGUUUACUUGGAUAACUGGAAGACUGGAUAUGGAAUUCAUCCGUAUUGGCCAUCGAGUUGGCGUUGAUUACAUCACACUUGAGGAUCUCUGUUUCACAAGGUAAUGGCUUUAGUUUUGGAAAAACAGUUAUGGGAAUUGAGUAAUGAUGUUUCUGGAUGUUUUGUGUUUCGAUUUGAAAUACUUUUGAAUCGGUGUAGUACUACUAUUUCAGAUGGUUUAAAACUCCUUACUGUUACAUUAGUCCAUUGUUAAGUUAUUUAUCUGAAUGAGUAACUUAUAUAACCAAGAAUAUGGGAUCUUUAGUCGAUUGAAUAUAGGAACCAUAUUUGGAAAUUCAGGUACUGUUUCUUGAGAUCAGUCUAGGAUUGUUGUUAUUUGGUACAUUGACACUUUUAGAGUUUCUAUGUGUCUUCAGCCUUGCGCCCCUUGCUUACUGCAUCUAUUCAGAAAAAGGGACUUUGUGAUUGAGGAUAGUGUUUCUGUUUAAGCAUUAUGGGACCUUAUGUUUUGUCGUUGACUGUGUCCUCUUCUCGUUUUGCUCUCUGUUUUAGAAUGAGUCUAAGUAAAAUUUAGGUUCAAGUAUAAAUUUGUGAUAGAGAUGGAGUUUCGGAUUAGGUUUAGCCAUUCGACAUGACAUAGGCUUGCGCAGGUGGGAACCAAGUCUCUUCUUGAUAGGCUUUUCAUUUGUGUACACACAUUUUGUGAGAUCAUUUCAACUUGAAAAUUGCAAAGCAUGCCUCUCUGAUACAUCAGUAUGACUUUGAUUGUUUGUUUGCGUUUAUUGUGCAAUUAA